AUGCCCCCAUUUCUGGGUCUUCGGGGCGAUCGCCUCAAUGUGGCUGCCCUCUUGGGAGUGAUGAUGCCUUCUAUCGUCUCAUUUGGCUAUAACCAGUCACUACUGGGCGGCGUCUUAACCUUGAAUAGCUUCGAGCAGCAAUUCCGCGAAAUCGAUGUGGACGAUGCCACUCUCAGUGGAAAGGGUCAAAAGUCAACUGUGCAGGGAACGAUCGUUGCAUUGUACGCCGUAGGAGGCUUAUUUGGCGCUCUCUCGUGUAUUGGCUUGGGCGAUCUCCUUGGUCGUCGGCGGGUCAUUUUAGUGGCAGCAUUGACGCAAAUGGCUGGAGCGAUUCUAAUGGCGAGCGCCUUUGAUUUUGUCCAUCUCAUCAUUGCUCGUCUGAUCCUCGGACUUGGUUGUGGCGGGCUGGUUGCAACUGUACCCAUCUGGCAGUCUGAGAUAUCAUCGCCACAUAAGCGAGGUGCACAUGUGGCGACGACCGGUCUCUUUGCUGGAGCGGGUACAUCGCUUAGUCUCUUUCUGGAUUUGGGAAUGUCAUUUGCUCCUGGAAGUGUGAGCUGGCGCUUCCCCUUCGCUUUCCAGGUGCUGUUUUCAAUCGCGAUAAUCGGAGCCAUCUCACUUAUGCCCGAGUCACCUCGCUGGCUGAUACAACAGAAUCGGACUAUUGAGGCUCGUAAAAUCCUUGCAGCUUUGGAAGAUGUCAAGCCCAAUGAUUCCAAGAUUGACGCUGAGAUUCAGGCCAUACAGUUAUCACUCAAGCUUUCCGGGGAAGGGUCUCUGGGUCAAAUCUUUCAAAUGGGCCCCCAGAGGAUUUUCCAUCGAGCAAUGCUUGCCGCGUCGGUGAUGCUGUUCUUGCAACUGACUGGUGUCAAUGUCAUCACGUUUUUUACCAAUACAAUCUUCGAACAAUACCUUCGAUUAGACUCUGUGACCUCCAGAGUUCUAGCAGCCUCUUAUCAGCUCGUCAGUCUCAUUGGAGGCACAUUUUGCAUAUUCACUGUUGAAGCCUUUGGUCGGCGGGGCUUAAUGCUGGCUGGUGCCACAGGCAAUGCAAUCUGCUUGGCCCUUGUAGCCGGGCUAGGAUCCCAGCCGACGAACAAGGUCGCGAUGCACGCUGCAGUCGUUUUCAUCUUCCUGUACCAUUUUACUUUCAUCAUCGGUUUUGGAGGAGUGGCGUUUUUGUAUGUUGGAGAGAUCGCACCUUUGAAGAUGCGUGCCACUAUCAACGGUAUCAGCGUCGGCACAUUCUGGGCUCUGAAUGUUUUGAUCGCUGAAAUCACGCCCAUUGCAUUCAAUGCUAUAUCUUGGCACCUUUUCAUCAUUUUCGCCGGCUUAAAUGCGGUCAUGGUGGUUCUUGUGUAUUUCCUGAUUCCCGAAACCGCUGGUCGCAGUCUGGAAGAGGUGGACCAGAUUUUCGUCUCCUCGAAAAGUAUCUGGGACUCGGUUUGGGUUGCUAGGCGCUUCCCACGCUCGGUCCCAGAGGAAUUCCAGAAGGCAGCAAAGCAUGACCUGGAGAACUGUCCCUGA